UAAAGGGAGGGAAGUCCGUCGUCCUAGCCUCGAGCCCGCCCGCGGUAGGGGAACCGAAAAAGCAGAGAGGGAAAUACUUUCCCGAUACGUUGUUUUGGGCUCCGUAGGCUGAAAAGGGGAGCGAAACAGAAGGGAGAACCGUAGAAGAGACUGCGCGCGGCCCUAGCCGCCUGCGUGCGUCCGUGCGCGCUCGCUCGCGCGGGCUCAGUGCUGGCGCGUGAAGCGGAGGCGGGCGGCGGCGGCGCCUGCGCGGUCGGGCUCGGUCGUCGGUUCGCAGGGGAGGAGGCAAGCGGGAGGCGGAGGCGGCGGCGGCGAUGGAGGUGAAGCGGCUGAAAGUGACCGAGCUGCGGUCGGAGCUGCAGCGGCGGGGCCUGGACUCGCGCGGCCUCAAGGUGGAUCUGGCGCAGCGGCUGCAGGAGGCGCUGGACGCCGAGAUGCUCGAGGACGAGGCUGGUGGUGGAGGGGCCGUGCCCGGCGGGGCCUGCAAGGCGGAGCCUCGGCCUGUGGACGCGUCGGGCGGCGGCCCGGGCGGGGACGAGGAGGAGGACGAAGAGGAGGAGGAGGACGAGGAGGCGCUGCUUGAGGACGAGGACGAAGAGCCACCCCCUACCCAGGCCUCGGACCAGGCCGCGCAGCCGCCGCCGGAGCCCCCGGAGGUGGCAGCCGUGGAGGCCCCGGCCGAGCCUGAUGCUUCCGAGAGGCCGGCCGAGGAGGCCACGGCCGAGUCAGGUGGGGUAAAUGGUGGCGAAGAGCAGGGCACCGGCAAGGGGGAGGAAGACGAGCCGGAGGAGCGGAGCGGGGACGAGACACCGGGAUCCGAGGCGCCGGGUGACAAGGCCGCAGAGGAACAGGGAGAUGACCAAGAUAGUGAAAAGUCAAAACCAGCAGGCUCAGAUGGUGAGCGGCGGGGGGUAAAGAGACAGCGGGAUGAGAAGGAUGAACAUGGCCGAGCUUACUAUGAAUUCCGAGAGGAGGCUUACCACAGCCGCUCAAAGUCUCCACCACCCCCUGAAGAAGAGGCAAAAGAUGAGGAGGAGGAUCAAACACUUGUGAACCUGGACACGUAUACCUCAGAUCUCCAUUUUCAAGUGAGCAAAGACCGAUACGGAGGGCAGCCCCUUUUCUCAGAGAAGUUCCCCACUCUGUGGUCUGGGGCGAGGAGUACUUACGGAGUGACAAAGGGGAAAGUCUGCUUUGAAGCCAAGGUGACCCAGAAUCUCCCCAUGAAAGAAGGCUGCACAGAGGUCUCUCUCCUUCGAGUUGGGUGGUCUGUUGAUUUUUCCCACCCACAGCUUGGUGAGGAUGAAUUCUCUUACGGUUUCGAUGGACGAGGACUCAAGGCAGAGAACGGGCAAUUUGAGGAAUUUGGCCAGACUUUUGGGGAGAACGAUGUCAUUGGCUGUUUUGCUAAUUUUGAGACUGAAGAAGUAGAACUUUCCUUUUCUAAGAAUGGGGAAGACCUGGGUGUGGCAUUCCGGAUCCACAAGGAGGCCCUGGCAGACCGGGCCCUCCUACCCCAUGUCCUCUGCAAAAAUUGUGUCGUGGAAUUAAAUUUUGGUCAGAAGGAGGAGCCCUUCUUCCCACCACCGGAAGAGUUCGUGUUCAUCCACGCUGUGCCUGUGGAGGAGCGUGUGCGCACCGCGGUGCCGCCCAAGGCCAUAGAGGAGUGCGAGGUCAUUCUGAUGGUGGGACUGCCUGGGUCUGGAAAGACCCAGUGGGCACUGAAAUACUCAAAAGAAAAUCCCGAGAAAAGAUACAAUGUCCUGGGAGCCGAGACUGUCCUCAAUCAAAUGAGGAUGAAGGGGCUUGAGGAACCAGAAAUGGACCCAAAAAGCCGAGACCUUUUAGUUCAGCAAGCCUCCCAGUGCCUUAGUAAACUGGUCCAGAUUGCUUCCCGGACAAAGAGGAACUUCAUUCUUGAUCAGUGUAAUGUGUACAACUCUGGCCAGCGGCGGAAACUGUUGCUGUUCAAGACAUUCUCUCGGAAAGUGGUGGUGGUUGUCCCUAAGGAGGAAGACUGGAAGAAGAGGCUGGAGUUGAGGAAGGAAGUGGAGGGAGAUGAUGUGCCUGAGUCUAUAAUGCUGGAGAUGAAAGCCAACUUCUCUCUGCCUGAAAAAUGCGAUUAUAUGGAUGAGGUCACAUAUGGGGAGCUGGAGAAGGAAGAAGCUCAGCCUCUUGUCACUAAGUACAAGGAGGAGGCAAGGAAGCUUCUGCCCCCCUCUGAGAAACGGACAAACCGCCGCAACAAUCGAAACAAGCGCAACCGGCAGAACCGAAGCCGAGGCCAAGGCUACGUGGGCGGGCAGCGCCGAGGCUACGACACCCGGGCCUACGGGCAGCAGUACUGGGGGCAGUCUGGAAACAGAGGGGGCUACCGUAAUUUCUACGAUCGGUACAGGGGAGACUAUGAUCGCUUCUACAGCCGGGAUUAUGAAUACAACAGAUACAGAGACUAUUACAGACAGUACAAUCGAGAUUGGCAGAGCUACUACUACCACCACCCCCAGGACAGAGACCGAUACUACAGGAACUACUACGGGUACCAAGGGUAUCGGUGAAGCCCCUGCCCUUGUCACCUGUCAGCUAUGACGCUGAAUCUCUGGGGGUGCCAGGCACCCCCCAAAACACAACCAAGGAAAACAGGGGCUGUCGGGGUGGGGCUGAGCUGCCGGGGAGGGGCGGUGGGAGGGAGGGUGCGCAAGCAGGGGUGGGGGUGGGGGGAGGUGGAAACAAAUGACAAAACUGUACAUUUUUUUUAAAGUUUGUUGAAAAGAAUAUUGUCUUAUUCUAUAAAACAUUUCAAACCUAGUUAGAUAUUUGUAAUCAAAAACCAUUUGCUCAGAAAGCAGCACUUAGGGCUGCCUGUCCUGUACCCCGCCGCUGACAGGAGCAGUCCUGAAAACGUCACCCCGCUGACGUUGUGAGGCAGCUGGGCUGGCAGCCACGCAGGGAGAGCGAUGAGGCGUGUGGAGAGGGUGGGCAGGCGUGAGAGGGCACUGUCCACGCAGGCAGGAGUGGGGACAGAGGGAGAGCUUGUGACUGGGGCAGUGAAAAUAAACGAUUGGCUCUUACCAAUCACUUGCACCACUAA